AGUCAAUGAAGUAAAGCUCACAGCAGACACUUGCUGACAUUCUUCACCAGCUGUGCUCGUUGUUCGCUUCACUCUUUACAUACUAUCGUUUGAACAUUUGAGCUGUGCUCUAUUACCACUAAUCUUUUAAUACCACCAAAUACCUCUCUUUUUCAAGCCAACAUGAAGUUCGCUGCUGUCAUCGUCUCCGCUCUUGCGGCUGUCGCCUAUGCCGCCCCUGCUAAGAAGGAGGAAACACGUGCUGUUGUUGACGCAUCGUUGUUCAACAACUUUGCUUUCAACAGCCAGGAUCUCCAAUAUCUGAGCGUCAUCAACUCCCUCGACUUCCAAGUCCUGCAGCAGCUUGCCUCCGUCAACAACCUCAACCUCAACGGCUUCUCCAGUCUCUUCUCGAACCAGGCCUUCGACGUCAACGGCCUGCUUCAGCUGCAGCAGAUCCAGAACCUGAUCCAGCUCCAGCAGCUCGGCGUCCUGGGCGGGUUUGACCUCAGCACCCUGGCCCUCAGCCAGGUCAACUUGGGCCUGAUCAACAACAUCGGCGGCGUUGAUUUGACCAAGUUCGUUAAUGCUGCUCUUCUUCCCCAGAUCCAAACCAUUAUCCAACAAAGUAGUGAGUUUCAUUGAUCAUUGGAUGGCUUUUUUUUUUUGGGAUCAUAUGCUAAUUAAACACGUAGCUGUCACCAUUGGCAAGGAAUAAAUAGAGAAGACCUUCAUUACAGAAACUGAGGGGAGGUCGGAUAGU